CGAUCUUGAACUAGAAUACGCGCGAGCCCCAGUGUGCGUAGAUUACGCUCUUGGACCACGGUGAUCCAACGGGAGCGGCCAUUUGUCAGUGACAUUCCAACUUUCGAAUACAGAUCUGCGAAGACAUGUCAUUUGCUAACUCGCGAGAAUGCAUCAGUAUACAUAUCGGCCAAGCCGGUGUCCAGAUGGGUAACGCCUGUUGGGAAUUGUAUUGCCUUGAACACGGGCUACCUGCGGAUGGCCAGUUAUCAUACGCCGGACUUCAUCCAAUGCUGGAAGAGGAUUCACUUCAAUUGAGCACUUUCUUCAGUGAAACCGUGCAGGGAAAACACGUCCCACGCGCACUAUUUGUGGAUCUGGAACCCAGUGUUAUUGACGAGAUCCGUACCGGAAUAUACCGCCAACUAUUCCACCCAGACAACUUGAUAUCUGGAAAAGAAGACGCUGCAAAUAACUACGCCAGGGGACAUUAUACCGUAGGCAAGGACCUUGUUGAUACGGUAAUGGAUCACAUCCGUAAAACGGCCGAUCACUGUCAGGGACUGCAAGGAUUCCUAAUCUUUCAUUCUUUCGGUGGAGGAACCGGAUCUGGAUUUACCUCGCUAUUGAUGGAGAAAAUAAGCGUGGACUAUGGGAAAAAGUCGAAACUAGAAUUCUGUGUAUAUCCUGCUCCGCAGAUUUCCACAGCUGUUGUGGAACCAUAUAACGCUCUGAUGAACACUCACGUCACUUUGGAACAUUCAGACUGCUCGUUCAUUUUUGACAACGAGGCCAUCUACGAUAUUUGCCGUCGCAAUCUUGGUAUCGAUCGUCCCACGUAUACCAAUCUCAACCGAUUAGUGGGCCAAAUUGUCAGCUCGUUCACAGCGUCAUUACGGUUCGAGGGUUCUCUAAAUGUGGAUCUGGUUGAAUUCCAGACUAACCUUGUCCCUUAUCCUCGCAUUCAUUUCCCUCUGGUCACCUACGCGCCUACGAUCUCAGCCGAUAAGGCAUACCACGAACAAAUGUCCGUUGCGGAACUGACCAAUGCGUGCUUUGAGCCAGCAAACCAAAUGGUCAAAUGUGACCCACGUCAUGGCAAAUAUAUGGCUUGCUGUCUGCUGUACCGAGGUGAUGUAAUUCCCAAAGACGUGAACGAUGCAGUAAGCUCAAUCAAAUCCAAACGCACCAUCCAGUUUGUUGAUUGGUGCCCUACAGGCUUCAAGAUUGGGAUCAAUUAUCAGCCACCCACAGUCGUGCCCGGUGGAGAUUUGGCACAAGUCAACCGUGCGGCGUGCAUGCUAAGCAAUACAACCGCAGUAGCCGAAGCCUGGGCUCGUCUGACUCACAAAUUUGAUAUGAUGUACGCGAAACACGCUUUUGUCCACUGGUAUGUCGGUGAAGGCAUGGAAGAAGGCGAAUUCAGUGAGGCUCGCGAGGACCUGGCCGCCCUGGAAAAAGAUUAUGAAGAAGUGGGUGCGGAAACCGUUCAAGUGGACGACAAAGAGAUGGAGUAGGACAUUUCUUUCAUAUGGUUGAGAUUCAUGGUUUUAUGCGACAAUGAUAGUCUGUAGUUAUCAGACCUCUCAUACAAACCCUGUAUGUGUGUUUGACACCCUCAACCCUUUCAAACUGAAGCACUGAUGUUCCCUUCUAUCCAUCCGACGGCAUAAACAAGCCCAUUGCCUGUUCGCUGUUGAGGCGCCUCCGAACGGGAGUGUGCUUGUUGUCUAUGUUGCAUAAAAAACGCAGCAUGUUACCUCUUGCCUCACACUACUAAAGUGUGUUGUACGGGCACGAAUAAAAGUCUACAU